AUGGAAACGCGUGCCCCUGCGACAUUGAAGUGUUUUGUGAGGGCCAGGAAUGUACAGAAGACUAUUACCGUUGAUACCCCAGGGUCGAAACCCUGGUGUUUGUUUUCAAAACGUCUCUUUUUUAAUUCCGAAAAAUAACGAAACAUUCACUCUUCCCAUUUCCAGAACUGCAAUCCCAAGGAGGCACAGGGCCUUGAGCACCAGUGCAGCUGUUUCCAGUGAAAUCAAAGAUGGGCCUGAGCCACCCAAAGAAGAAAAGAGGGAUGAAGAGAGAGAGACUGAACCUAAAAAAUCAGGAAAGGAGAGUCUUCUGGACCUCCUCGGGGCCAUGAAAGUGGAGGUGACCAGCAAGAAGAAGUUUCAGGCCUUGAAGCUGCAGAAAAGCAAGGCACCAGCAUCGCGGCCGGCCCCUGUGGUGAUGGAGAGCACUAUUAGCAUGUUCCAGAAGGCCACUGAAGGAUCACCUCCUCAAAGUGAGGGUCUGAAUCCUGAGCUUGUUGCUGCAGCCUCAGCGGCAGCCUCCUCCAUGCCCAACAGCAGCCAGGCUGAGUCGGAGCUCCUGCAGCAGCUGAGAAGACAUGAAACCAUCUCUGAGGCCCAGAAGAAGGGAGACGGAAGGAGCAUAGGGAGCAUUAUUGCAGACAUGAAGGUGGGAAGGCAACCUAACGCCAGACAAAAUGCCAAACCAGCCAAUCAGAUUCGCUUUGAUGAAGAUGGACAGGGAUUUAUCCAUGACAGGAGUGUGACCAGUGAGCUUGAUGGAGUUCGUAGAAGGAAGGGCCUGUUUUUGGGGAAAAGGCUUAACAUUUUCUCUCCGGUCAGUGAGACUGAUGAACCUGACACUGUCACGGGCUUUUCCCUCACCCUAUGGGACCUGGAAAUGGCCAAUCAGAUAGCUCAGGCAACGCGUCACCUUCCCCGAAAUGGCUUUGAGGAGAUGAUCCAGUGGACUAAGGAGGGAAAGCUGUGGCAGUAUCCAAUCAACAAUGAAGGUGGUCUGGAGGAGGAGGCCAGCGUGCCCUUCCAUGAGCACGUCUUCCUGGAGAAGCACCUGGAGGAGGGUUUCCCCCGGCAGGGACCUGUGCGGCACUUCAUGGAGCUGGUGGUGGCAGGUCUUGUCAAGAACCCUCACCUGACUGUGCGGCAGAAAGAGGAGCAUAUCGCAUGGUUCCGGGAAUACUUCCAGCAGAAGGAGGAUGUCCUCAGAGAGGCAGAGGUCUACCUGAACUGACCAGCGUGGAGUCUCUUCCUCAUUCAAAAUUGCAUUUACAUGCAUUCUACCUGCAGGUCUUACCUGCACCUCUGUUGACUAACCCAUUUCCACUGUAACAGCAUUUCUGUUGGACUCCAGAGAAGUGUACUGAUCCAACGAAUGCCCUUCUUCUAGAAAGUCUUACAUCCUGGUUACAGCAGUCAUCUUGCAAAUGGACUGAGUAUAUAAGAAAAAUACAUGUAUUUAAACAGGUGUAAGAGUUUCCAGCUUUUUACAUUAUUAUAAGUAUAAGUAAAACCAUGUUAUUUCAUUUUCAGGAGUUUUUGGAACUACACUUCCAGUAAAGUUGGCUGCACUGUGAUGAUAGACAUUUGCUUUUUCUUUUAAGUGCUUUUUGGAGACUUAAUGUGAUAUUUUUAUAAUCGCCCAUGAUAGCAACCUUAAAUAUUGCCUUGGCUCUGAAAUUAGGCUAUGACUCAUUUCAAGCAGAAAGAUUGCAUGGCCUCAACAAAUGGUCGGUGCCAUUAACUAUUACAGCAGAGGCUAUGCUGUAUGUGAUGAGGUCAUAUGCUAGCAAUUAGCCUGUGAGAGAGCAUUUUCACCUUCUGAACCUACUGUUAAUUAAAUAUUGCAUUUUGAGUUAUGACAUCCAUGUGUGGGCACAAAGGAAUGGAGUACUUUUGCAAAAUUUGAUUAAUUGCUAGUCAAAAAUAUUUUGGCCAUUUCCUAUCAUUCCCAUUUGGCAUUUACACGAUCACUUUUUGAGGGAAGGCCUUAUGGAACAAAAGGCCAUCACUGGUGAUAACAAUACAGCUAUGAAAAGGAGAAACACACCAUUUUCAAUGAAAUGGCAGAAACCUAAAACAGUGUGAAGUGGUUGAAAAGGUUUCUCGCUCUGUAUUUAUCUCUAAACAGGUAAAAUAAUUUUGUUUCCUAUUCUGGCACUGUGACAGGUUGUGCAUUUCUCCAGGUUAUGAAGAGAGGAGAAUUCACAUGAGAUGCAGCUGAUGCACAAUUGUGUAAGAGCAUAAAUGGAGUGUUCAGUGUUUACUGUAAUGUACUUUCAACAGGAAAUGGGGGUUGGGGUUGAUUAAGUCCAAGUCUGUUUUAUGAAAACGCACUUAGCUGAAUGGAACACCAUGUUCAGGAUGUAAUGGAGAAAAAAGUUGUUUGUGAUUGAAUGCCUAUUCAAUGAAAUGGGGUUGGCGCCUGGCCCUCUUCAUCAGCAUUGGUCAUGUGUUGCUCUUAUCUCUUAAAGGGAUUCUGAUUACAGCAUGAGCUUGUGUUCUUUAGAGAACAUGUUACAUUUUGCACCUGUAGAAAUACCCUUGCCAGCUGUCAUUUGGAUGGACCAACAGUAGGAUCCCACUACUCAAGAAAGGAUGGCCGCAGCAGGGUUGUCCAGGUUGGAAGGAAUCCUGGCACGUGCUGUGAGAUACAGCCACAGCACAGGACUCCACACAUUGUCUUUGUGUUCUGAAACCUGGAUAGAGCCCCCCCACCCAAGACACUGUGGCAACUGACCUGACAGACUAGGUGUGACAGCGGACAGCCCUU